AUGGCGUCCAAAAGCGAGGCUGAAUUCGGCAAGUUAGCGGACGAGGCGGGUUUGCCAGCCAACAUCAAGAAGUACUUCAAGGUCAGAGGGGUGAACUCCAUAGCGCUUUUCGCAGCUCUGGCUGACAAGCCGGAGGAGCUCAACGAGGCCAUCCUCGACCCGUUGCAGAAGGGCUUUGAAGUGGAAAGGGGCAACACCGUCAAGAUCGAGCAACUGGACCUUCCCAUCGUGCGGGCAAAGUUUAGGGUGCUCUGGCGCGAAUGUGCGAAACGAGAGGGAUUGGCCUCUCUGCCAUCAACGGCGGCGGCCCCGGUGCCAGCUGCUACAUCCUCGGCGGGAUCAUCCAAGAGUUCGAAAGAGCUACCCCCUGGUUGGUGGCAGAUGAAGAUCGCGGAAUAUGAAUCAGUGGUCGUGGCAGGGGCUCACAGGAAGUUUCCGCAAGAAAUGCUCCUGGGAGCAGAGUCGGUUCUGGCCCGCAUGGUCAACGAGAUGAAAACCUUGCAGCACACAGCGGUAGGCCUGCAGGAGUUCGUGCAGGCCCGCUUCUUCAACGCAGCUGGCGAGCCGAACCCUCUGAAUUCAGCUAGAAAGAAGUCCAGGCAGGGACUUACUGUUCUCACAGUGAACGAGGAGAAUCAGUUGGAGGCUGAGCCUGACGCGCCGUGGUACCCAAAGAGUUCACUUGCCUUCAUUGAUUGCUUAGAGUCCAUUCGCUUUGCGUACUUGCUGGUAGGGAUUGGCAAGGAGCAGGCCGUCGAUGUCUACGUUGAUUGGUGGAUUCGGCAAGUGCGAAGUCGACAGCAGAAGUUGGACCAGCUGCGAGUGUAUUGGGAAGUCACGUCGUGGAAAAUUGCCAUCGCACUGCGUACCAAGAUACCGUUUGAGGAUGUGACCUCCGACCUCAUGAAAGACACUCAGGCGCUCCAGGAUGCCAUGGCGCGCGAGAUCCCGAUAGAAAAGAUCACGAAGAAGUUCUACAGGACCAACGGCGAGAAGAUCUUCGCCAAGACCCCCGAGAUGAACGAGAAAGGGAAAGGAAAAGGGAAAGGCAAGGGCAAAGGGCGACGCUUCGACGACUAUCGUUGGCAGCCGUACCAAAGCCAAGGCGCUUGGCAAGGCUCCUGGGGGAGCCCGUGGAAGCAGCCUGGAUUUGGUGGCUAUACCCAGUACGGCGCCUACUACCAGCAGCAGCCGAAUGGCGGCAUCAUCUUGAAGCCCAAUCCGCGGUGGUUGGCCGAGGAGGCCAAAGCUCAGCAGCUUCGGGAGCGCCCACGCUCGCGCUCGAGACAGCGCCGCCAGCAAAGGCCCGCGCGCGCUCAGUGCGAUCUCAUUUUGCUAAGCUUCUUCGAUGGGGUCGGAUCGGCGUUGAUCAUAUGCGAGCGCAUCUGUCAAGAGAAAGACUGGCAAUGGCGUGCGUUAGUGUGGGAGACUGAUGAGGACCUAGUGAAGCUCACUUCGGAUCGUUUCUCGAACAUCGAGCACCGGGGCGAUUUCGACUGUGAUAGCGUUGGAAAGGUCAUCGAGACACUGGAACAACUGGAUCCACGCCAUGAAGCUAGGAUUGUCAUUGCAGGUGGGCCCCCGUGCCAUGAUAGCUCGCGAAUUCGCCAGAAUCCUCCUGGCCUUCAAGGAGAAGAAGGUUCCAAGGCCAUGCGCUUUGCUGAGUUUGUGCGAGAGCUGGAAGCCACUUGGAAUUAUCCGCAAGCCAUCCUUGUCGUGGAGAAUGUGGUGCCGAAGAACAAGCAAGAUGUGCGAGUGCUUGAGACCAAGUUGUCUGCGUCAGCGGUGGUCGCGGAUGCGUCCGACCUAGGCGUCAUUUCACGGCCUCGCCUCUGGUGGUCGAGAAUCCCUUGGCAAGAAUUUUCGAACCGGCGUGAUCGUCCAGUGGAUGUUCGUUGGUCAACGUAUCAAGGUGUGCCGCGCGCGAGCUUCGUGCAGCCCAAGGACAACCUGGCCCUCUACGACCUCGGCGGCCUGCAAUGGCCGAGCAAUGUGACGAAGAAAGGCGAAACACUGCCAUGUCUGACAACACCAUCAGAAGAUCCGUGUGGUCGGUCGGCUCCAAAGAGCUACAAAGGGAAAGCCGAUUCCCAAACGCAAGCCAGAUGGCUGAAUGAUGGACGUCAAUACGCGCCGUGGCAUUAUGAAGAAGGGAAUCUUUUCAUCGUGCCGGAGACCAACGCGCUGGUGAUGGCGCCCGCCGAAGUGAAGGAGCAACUGCAGCAUCUGCCCAAGGGAUGGACGGCGUCGCUCCCCGACAAGCAACGUCAUCGUGCACUUGCCAAUGGCUGGCACUUGGGCGUAGCCAAGUGGUUCUUCAUUCUUGGAUUGUUUGCGGCCGACCCUGUCACGAAGGUAGCUGCGUUGCCUUCGCCUUCGCGUGAACUUUCACCAUUGGGAUCCAGAGCUCUGGAGGGCAUGGCGAGAUUGUGGGAGUCGUCGCCGCUACUCAGUGGGCCCGGCGUACCGGUCCUGUGCGAGGCGUUGGACCUUUCGGCCAUCGACGACAUGAAUGAACAUUGGGCGGCGGCGGAGUUCGCUUUGCACUCAGAUCAGACGCGACCUCUUCUAGAACCAGGCCUGGAUCAGUGGCUGCCUUUAUGGAAGCACUGGAAGCCCCACCUGGCGGAGAUUAGGAAGGGCGUUGCGGCUGACGUGCGCACGUUAGUGGAGGAGAUGCAGCCCGAGGUGGAUGCGUGGUUCCAAAAUUUGGAGCCGCAUGUUAAAUUGGCCUAUGGCUCGAAAACAGGAACGUGCACGGUCAAAGUCCCCGUGAUAGCCAAGAUUGCCAAGAUGUUCGGUUGGCAGGAUGAUUCUCUGUUCCAAGAGAUGAGCAGUGGUUUUCCUCUCCUUGGUCACAUCAAUCCCGGUCUGGGAUGGCGCCUUCGCCACGAUGAGCGGUACAGCGACCCGGUUGACCUCGAAACGUUCCAAGCAGACAAUUUCCAGUAUGUGCAGAAGAAGCUCAAGCAGGCCAGGGUAGAUCCAUUCUGGCAAACCAUGGCUGAGGAGAUUGCAGCAGAUGUCAAAGCAGGCAGGAUGGAAGGUCCUUUCGCGGCGCCUUCCUCGUGGAGCAAGGAGACAGUGGCGUUGCCUGACUAUACUCACACCGCUGAGCUUCUCCCGGCGCCGUCUUGCCACGAACACACAUGCUUCGCUUUCUCUGUGCAACAGGUAGGGUCCGAUGGGCGACGCAAAGUCCGGCGAGCAGAGGAUUGGCGCCGUUCCGGGAGCAACAAAACCGUCAACGUGCCAGACACACCUGCGUACCAUAGCAUUGAAGCCUUCAUUGCUGUCAUACGAGCGCUUCGACACCUGGGAGAAGAAGGCGCCAUAGCAACGUGGGGACUCGACCAUGAGUCGGCGUAUCGUCAACUUCCUGUGCUUCGACCAGCCGAUACCUACGUGGUGCUGCAGACGCCGCGGGGCCCGACACUCUGGCGACAUCGAGUCUUAAUGUUUGGGUCGGUUGCCCGCGUCUGGGGCUACUGCCGUGUGGCGGAUUGGAUGGCCUGGGCCAGCCGCUGUCUUCUUCUCACACCAGCGUUGCACUUCGUGGAUGAUUUCGGAGCUCCAGAAACAUGCCCAGAAGCAGACACCAGCUUUCAGUACGUGCAGACAGUGUGUUCCGAUUUCGGGUUUCGCUUCAAGCAGUCCAAGGCACAGCCACCAGCUCAGAGACAGCAGCUACAAGGCGUUUCCCUCACUGUUCACAAGGACCAUGUCGUCGUGGAGGCCACCAGAGACCGGGUAGCCCGCCUUGAUAACCAGAUCCUUGAGGCUUUGAUGGAGGACAGAUUGACGCCGACGCAGGCGGCAACCUUGGCCGGAAAGCUGCAGUUCGUGGCGCAGUCAUUGUUUGGGCAGUCGAGCAAAGCUUCUCUUCGACCUCUACACCAACGAGCAGCUGCAGCGUACUAUCGGUCUUCCCAAACCGGGUGGAGGUUGAGUCCCGGUCUUCGCAGCGCGUUGGAGUUCCUCCGCUUCGCCCUCGCCGUGCAAAAGCCGCGGAAAGUGCUCUUUAAGUCAGAGGACCGGGCCAUCAUCUACGCGGAUGCCUUCUUCCAGCUCGACGGCAAAGUCGUGAAGAUCGGGGACGCUGAAGAUGUGCAUUGGGGGCAGACGAACCCAGCAGCGUUUUGCAACGGCUUUGGCUUCGUUGUCAAGACCGGAGAGAGGGUUUGGUAUGCCGCGGGCAGUGUGCCGUACUGGUUCCUAAGGCAUUUUUGUUCCAGGAGAGCAUACAUCUUUGUCUUGGAGGCGAUCGCUCAGAUCUUGCCAGUCCUUGCCUUGCAGCAGUGGCUGCCGAAGCAGCUGCUUCUUUUCAUGGACAACGAGCCUUCCCGACGAGCUCUGGUGCGUGGAUACGGCAGAGAUGACAGCGUCAACAAAUUGAUGCAAGUGGCCUGGCGCUUCUUCGAGGAGGAGGAGUUUCGGCCGGAAUGGCAGCGUGUGACGUCCUCGGCGAACAUCAGUGAUAAGGUCAGCCGCUUCGACUUUGCUGACGCCGAGAACAUGGGGUGGACAUGGCUGCAGCAUGAUUGGGAAGCUGAACUUCUUCGUCUUCUGAAUGCGGUGAAGGAGGGUCCCUUACGUGCAAAGGGAUAG